AAUCUGACAACGGUACAACUCUAUAAUAUUUUGUUGUGUUUUGCGUGUUGGAUUGUGUCUGCUGUAACUGUGGUUUUCCCGUUUUUUCACGCUCCCACAAUGAGAAAGUCGUUUGGUUGUCUCAUUAAUUUUACCAGGGGGAACGCCAACUUAUCUUUUGUACCUCAUCAUGAAGCGGUUAUUGAAAGCCAGCUUGAAAAACUGCAAGUACUUAUUGACAGCUCAACUAACGUCUUGAUUUUAACUGGAGCGGGACUUUCUACUGAGAGUGGGAUUCCUGAUUAUCGUUCAGAAUCAGUUGGUCUGUAUGCCCGCAGCAAUCACCGUCCUAUCCAACAUCAAGAUUUCAUGAAAUUCAAACAUGUCAGGCAAAGGUAUUGGGCAAGAAAUUUUGUUGGUUGGCCUAUGUUUUCAAAUGUUCAACCGAAUGCCUCACAUCAAAUUUUAGCUGACUGGGAACGACAGGGGAAAAUUUCUAGCAUAACAACUCAAAACGUUGAUAGACUCCACCACAAAGCUGGAAGCAAAGCUGUUGUUGAAUUGCAUGGCUGUGCACAUGAAGUUAAAUGUAUGAAAUGCAACUAUGAAAUAUCAAGGCAUGAUUUUCAAUCCACAUUGAUUGAACUAAAUCCUUUAUUAUCUGUUCAAAAUAUAGAAAUCAGGCCUGAUGCUGAUGUCGAACUAUCACAGGAAUUAAUUAACACCUUCCGUAUUCCACAUUGCCAACAGUGUCGUGACGAAGUCAACGGGUUCUUUAAACCAAACAUUGUUUUUUUCGGAGAUAAUGUUCCAAAAUCGAGAGUAGAAUUUGUGUUCUCACAGUUACAAUCUAGCGACUGCCUUCUAGUCCUCGGGUCAUCGCUACAUGUGUAUUCUGGAUACCGGUUCAUUGUUCGAGCGUCUGAGCUUGGAAUUCCCUCAGCUAUUGUUAACAUCGGCCCCACUAGAGGCGAUAAAUUUGCCAGUGUGAAACUCAAUGCAAAAUGUAGUGAAGUCCUUAAAAAAAUUUGUAUAUAACAUUCUCUAUCUAAUUCAAUAUAGUUAAAAGUACGAUUCAUCGAAA